AUUUUAAACUAAGCUUACUGUAAACACAACUUUUACCCUUUGUUUACAGUUGUUUGAAAGAACUGUUUCAUAGAAAGUACAUAUAAAAAUAGAUUUUUACCUUCUCUCUUCUAAUUAUUAAUUAUUUAAGAAUGUCAAUAAAUCAAACUACUAAUAUUGAAAGUGAUAUGGAGAAAGAUGAGGUAGAAGAUAAUACUGAUGAUGAGGAAUUAGUAGCUUUAAGGGAAAGGAAGAAUCAACUUCUCACAGAAGUUUGUGAAUUAAGAGAAAAACUGAUAGCAGAGGAAAGACGACACGAAAUCGAAAUGACUGCCAACUUUAUUGGUUUACAAAUGGACAAUGGUGACAUCAAAACAAAUAGUAGCAAGAGGAAAGAAAUAGAAUUUUCUGAACGUUUGCUUGGUGUGUCUUUUAAUGAUAUUAGUAAAACUUUGAUUCAGGAUGAUGUUUAUCAUUAUAAAGUCAUUCUCACUACAGAAGCUUUAAGGAUCGCUGUCGAGUUGACUGUCAAUACAAAGAACAAGGAAAGCAAUGAAAUUAUGAGCAUGAGCUGUUAUUUUCCGGACACUGAAUUGAACGAGUGUUAUCGUAAAGAGGUUGAACCUUGGAUAAACAUUUUCAUAGAAAUGAAAGACUUUUCUUCUCUAUUAACAGCUUUUGUCAACUACGUGAAUCAGAGUUUUAUACGUAAGAGAAUGUUGAGACAAUUAGAGAAACGCAAAUAUGUAACUAUAAAAGAUAGUACAAAUGAAGAAGGAGGACUUGCAGUUAAUGUUCAUUCGCCAAAAAAUGUAGACAAUAUCUAUUUCACUUUAAUAUGGGCUACUCGAUUCUUAAAGAAAAAUUGUCAAAUUCAUCAUUACUUUAUUAUCGGGUCCACUGACGAGGAAUCUUCAUUUGUCAAUAAAUAUUCUCAAGUACUCAAACAAUUCGGUCGAACUACAUUGGAGAAAAUUGAUAUAGACGAAAUUUGGGCUGACGUAAUAAAUGCAAUUGAAAGUGAGGAAGAAAUAUCUGAAUAAAUUUAUUGAAAGGCAAUAAAAAUAAUGCUAUUCAAAUUUUUAACUGCAAUAAAUGUGUAAUUUUUCUAAACUUUUUUAAUAAAAUAAAAAUGCUAGACUGUG